CCUGCUCUUCAUAGUGGUUUGUAAUAUAUAUCUGAGUAUUGAUAUAAACAAACAAUCGAAUUACAAAAUGAAUAUCUUAAUUGUUACUUUUUUAUUUGCAAAUAGUGUAGGCCCUAUGUGUUAAAACAUUUCAAUGAAUCACAAAAUAGUUUUGCAUCAGACAUGAUUCAUAUUUUAUUUCAAGACAUUGCAUAUUGUUAUUGAUUUUGAACCACAUGUUGCUGAGGAAAUGAAGAGACACUCAGUAGAGUUGGAGUAGAAUGCUGCAAACAACAUGGAUAGCCCUGGUGCUUGGUUUUUGGUCAUCUCUGUAUCUUUUGGAUGUUUUCCUUAAGACAAAGAAAUCUACAUCCCGUUCAUAUAUCCACAUUCUCGAGACGAGUGGAGUGGCCCUGUCGGUGUGCCAGCUGCGAUGGUAUACAAACUCUCUCAACCGGACGUUUCUGCGGGUCGGCCAGUGGCAGCCUCAUUUCCUGCGCAUGUGGUUCACAGUGGGUGUGUUCUUUGGCCUCGUCGCGAUGCUGGUUUCUCUGUUCGUCCUCACGUUGCUCGUGGUAAACACACUGAGGAGACAGCCAGUCGAACACCAAGUUUUAACACCAGUGAUGCCUGGAGUGAACCUACCAACAAGUCAGAUUUCAUACUACCUGUUAACUCUCCUGGUGUGUGGAAUCCUUCAUGAGGUGGGCCAUGCUGUGGCUGCUGUCCGGGAACAAGUAAGAGUAAAUGGAUUUGGCAUUUUUAUGUUCGUCAUGUAUCCAGGAGCAUUUGUUGAUCUUUCUACAGAACACAUCCAAGUUGUCUCCCCUCUUAGACAACUGCGAAUUUACUGUGCUGGUGUUUGGCAUAACUUUGUGAUCGUUAUCAUAGCCUUGAUGUUUUUAUUCUCAAUGCCGUACCUGCUGGUUCCGUUCUAUUCUCAGGGACAAGGGGUCUGUGUCAGCCAGGUGGAAGAACAUUCGGCUGUUUCUGGUCCUCGAGGUUUACUGGCUGGAGAAACGAUCACGCGCGUCAGUGACUGCCCCGUGACGAACAUCGACUCAUGGCACACCUGUAUCCUGGCCAGCAUGAAGGAGCAGUCCCUCGGACACUGUAUGCCGGUCCCGCUUAUCAAAGAUCUUGAUACCUCGCCAAAAAAUUUUUCCAGCACUGUUGAUUUUGUGGACUGCUGCAAUGUAACAAGUAACACCCAUCUCUGCUUCAUGUAUCACAGCAAGAAGACAGGUAGCACUAAGUAUGCGUGUCUUCCUGCACGGACCACCACGGACCGGCCGGUAUGUAAACUCCAGAGUGACUGCUACAUGCCCAACAUGGAAGUGGCCUGCGUCUACCCAGCCAUUGACAAUCAAACCAAACUCUUACGCAUCAUCCACGGGCGCAGGCCACCAUUGUUAUUCUUAGGUCAUCCUGUGGAUUUGUUUUAUUCAGUGUCUGUUGUUAACUAUGUUCCAAAAAGUGCAAUCAUUCCAUUAAACUUGCCAUAUAUCAUGGAGACAUUCUGCAAAUAUUUAAUAUCAUUGUCUGGUGCUCUUGUGAUUCUCAACGUGAUACCCUGCUACGCCCUGGACGGCCAGUGGAUCUGUCGUGCCUUCAUUGAACUGAGUCUGCGGUCGACCAUCACGGACAGCGAGAUCCGCGGACUCAUCUACUAUAUCUUCCUGCUGUACGGGACGCUGCUGCUGCUGUUGAACGUCAUCAUCGCCAUGUGGACGCUCUUCUUGUAGCACCAGUUUCAGAUACUGCAGUGUGUAGUACUGUGCUAUCUUGUGUUGAGUACUAGGGGACUGGUACACGUUUCAUAGGGGUUUGAGAAUCAUGGAAAGUCAUGGAAUGUGUAAAUUUCAUUUUCCAAGAUUGAAAAGUCAUGGAAAAUGUAAAUGUCAUUUUCCAGGAUUGAAAAGUCAUGGAAUAUGUAAAUGUCAUUUUCCCAAGAUUGAAAAGUUAUGGAAUCUGUAAAUGUCAUUUACCCGAGGUUGAAAAGUCAUGGAAUAUGUAAAUGUCAUUUACCCGAGAUUGAAAAGUCAUGAAAUGUAUAUAUUUCAUUUUUCUGAAAUUGAAAAGUCAUGGAAUAUGUAAAUGUAAUUUUCCUGGAUUGAAAAGUCAUGGAAUGUAUAAAUGUCAAUUUUCUGGGAUUAAAAAGUCAUGGAAUAUGUAAAUGUCAUUUUCCAGGAUUGAAAAAUUAUGGAACAUGUAAAUGUCAUUUUUCCUGGAUUUAAAAGUCAUAGAAUACAUAAAUGUCAUUUUCCAGGAUUGAAAAGUCAUGGAAUAUGUAAAUGCAUUUUCCAGUCCUGGAAAAUAAGGGAUAUUCAGUUGGGUCCUGGGAAAUCAAAUCAUGGAAAAUUGAAAUUGGUUGAAUUUAUUUUUCCUAUUUAAAAUAACACAAGAAGAGUUGUCAGUUGGUGUUAUAACAUUAUAAUACAAUUCGAUUGUGUUGAUUAUGCUGAAAAAUGCUUGAAAAUCCUUCCACCACAAAAGAGUAGUAAAAAAUGCCUUAAAAAGUCAUGGGAUUUGGUUGGUAAAGUAUGAACCCUGUAAGUAGCCUGGGAAAGUUCCUUCCAUUAUUGGUGGGCACCAUGUGACUGCAUGAUAGUUAUUACCAAUUCUGAAAAACAAACCUUAGGGGGUUUUCCACCAAACAAACGAGAUUGCAAUUGUGAACAAGAAUGAAUAGGUUCUAUUGAUGUUUUCUCCAAAUGAAAGCUAAUUUCUAAAUUGUUCGCUCCUCUUUUGCAAUUCUCUGCUUGAUUUAUAUAGCAAAGUACUAAAUGUAAAUUCACUGUCGGUGUAAAAGGUGGUUCACUGUUCGCAAUGAUGUUUGUUUGGUGGAAAAGCACCUUUGGUGUGACUACAUAAUAAAAUCACAUUGUAACAUAUCUAACGAAACUUACGGGACUAGCAUCAUUUUGCAUAGUGUAAGCGGGCGAGGGUUAGUUUUUACCCCUCCCCCAGAGUACAUUAUCCUAAAUGAAAGUAACCAAAUCAUCUGUUAUGAAUGGAAUGUAUUUGGAAAUAGAAUGCUUUUAUUAUGAAGUAUGCGUGUGUGAGUGGUGUGUGCUCAAAAAUAUUUCUAUCAUAGCGUGAUCGAAGUGUUUUUAUUUUCUGCUGAAAAUGACAUUUCUUAUAGAGGAUGUUUUUAUUAAAAGCUUGUUAAUUAACUUGAAUGCUUCUCAAUGUAUUAAGAUAAAAUGAAAAAUUGUUUACAGACCUUGCCAUGAAAACUAUUGAGGGGAUUGAUUAAUUGCUCUCCUAACUUAGAUUAUUGGGAGCCAUUUAAAAUAUUACCAUAUUGAUACCAUGUAACUUCACAUGCUCAAGGGAACUAAAAAUUACUUCUAGAAUUAGUCUCAGGGGAGUGGUAUUUGACAGUUCUUAUAAUGGUAUGGCAUUGUCCAUCCGUCCAUCCAUAUAUUUAUCAUUUUCGGGUCACAUCCUUGUUGUCACUUCAUAUAGGAUCAUCAAACUUUGCAUUCACUUACAACAUGGGAUGGUGGUGUGUCGCAUACCAUAACUAGGUUCCUGCAAUCUAUUUUUCAUGCACAUUAAAGGAAAUCCUUGUCCUGGCCAUAUCUUCCUUAUCAAUUCAUUUAGGAUCAUCAGACCUUGCAUGCAAGUACAACUUGGGAUGGUGGUGUGUUGCAUACCAUAACUAGGUCACCACAACCUAUUUUUGAUGGGCAUAUCAUGUACCUCACUUUUAAAUUUAUAUGUUGCAAAUUGAAGAUUAUUGUAUUUCUCUCUCCCCCCCCCCCCCCCCCUCCAUGUCAGAAUUAUGAUUAAAAAUAUAUACAACAUUCAUCACAUGUCUGUUUUCAUUGAUCCGUUUUCAUAAGUCUGUUGUAUUAUUUCAGCAUUAAGACACCAUUAGUCUAAUCAGUUUAGAAAAACUCAUAAUUUAUUUUAGUAAAUUCAGCAGUGAAUGAAAACUGGAAAACAUUUUGCAUGUCACCGAGUUGAUUGAGCAUAUGUAUCCACAAUGUGGACUGAUCAUAUUUCUAUGACCUGGACUCAACAUAAUCAGUAUUUUUAUGUCCAUCAUCUACUUUUGGAGGUAUUUAUAUAUUAAUGUAUAAUAUAUGUAUGUCUUGUUUUAUUAAAUAUAUGCAAUUA